GAUACAAACUAAAAAUCCCAAUAUUAAAUAACUCCAAUAUCCUCCAGCUUCACCUACAUCUACAUUAUCCCUCAAUUGACUAAUAAUUAAAAUCGCCACAAAUACAAAAUUAAAAAAUAAAAUACCCCAGCUUACAACCACCAUAUUCAAAGCACGGAGCCAAAAGCAAAAUAAAUCAAUAGACUCACGGAGAAUAUUAAAAUAAAAAAAAGAAACAAUCAUUGUCUACUUCAACAUUGAGAAAGCAGCAAGUCUGUUAAACAUGACACCCCCUCGAUUCUUCCUUGCACGCUCGACUUCCUAACUACCCAAACACAAAAACAAAUAUGAAAUCACCGGCGGGCGCCGCUACUCUCCGCCUCCUCUCCACCGUCUGCCUCAUUUCCCUCGCCGUCGCGGACGAUCUCCAAACCCUCCUAUCUGUAAAAGACGCCUUCCAAGAUUCCAACACUAGAGUAUUCGAUUCCUGGGAAUCCAAUUCAAACGUAUGCAACUUCGCAGGAAUCAGCUGCGAUUCCAAAGGAUUCGUCAAAGAAAUCGAACUCUCCAAUCAGAAUCUUAGCGGCGUGAUUCCUUUAACCGCCAUCUGCAGCCUCACCCAGCUGGAGAAACUGUCGCUGGGGUUCAACCAACUAGGCGGCCGCGUUACAGAGGAUUUGAAUAAAUGCUCCUCGCUUAAAUACUUAGACAUCGGGAACAACCUUUUCUCCGGCUCGUUUCCGGAUAUAUCUUCAAUCCAUGGAUUGGUUUACCUCUACGCUAAUUGCAGCAGAUUUUCCGGAGCUUUUCCUUGGGAUUCUCUGAGAAACAUGAGUGGUCUUCAAGUUCUGAGCGUCGGCGACAAUCCGUUCGACCGGACGCCGUUCCCGGCGGCGAUUUUGAAUCUCACGCGGCUGAGCUGGCUCUACUUGUCCAACUGCAGCAUCCAAGGGGAGAUACCGGAGGAGAUUGGGAGUCUUGUGGAGCUGGUCGAUUUGGAAAUUUCGCAGAAUUUUCUCACCGGAGAGAUCCCGGCGGGGAUAACCAAGCUCAAGAAUCUGUGGCAGCUCGAGCUUUACCUGAACAACUUGACGGGCGAAUUACCGGUGGGGUUGCGGAAUUUGACCAAUCUUGAAUUCUUUGAUGCUUCCACGAAUUAUCUCACCGGAAAUCUCUCCGAAGUGGGGUUCUUGAAUAAGCUCAAGAGCUUGCAGCUUUUCGAGAAUCAGUUUUCCGGCGAAAUUCCGGCGGAGCUCGGGGAGUUCAGGAAUCUUGUGAAUUUAUCGCUGUACAUGAACAGGCUCACUGGCCCGUUGCCGGAGAAGCUCGGCUCGUGGGCCGAGUUCUAUUUCAUCGACGUGUCGGAGAAUUUCCUCACCGGCCCGAUUCCGCCGGACAUGUGCAAGGGAGGUAAGAUGACGAAGCUGCUGAUGCUGCAGAACAAUUUGACCGGCGAGAUUCCGGCGACCUACGCGAGCUGCACGACCUUGAUCCGGUUCCGGGUUAGCAAGAACCGGCUGUUGGGGCGAGUCCCCGGCGGUAUAUGGGGGCUGCCGGAGAUGGAAAUACUCGACCUCGCCGAGAACGACUUCGAAGGUCCGAUCACGUCCGACAUCAGCAAUGCCAAGUCACUAGCGCAGCUCUUUGUUGCGGACAACAGGUUUUCCGGCCAAGUGCCUGCUGGCAUUUCCAAGGCUUCGUCGCUGGUGUCGAUCGACUUGCAUAACAACGUCUUCUCCGGCGUGAUUCCGGCCGAAAUCGGGGAGCUGAAGCAGCUCACAACUCUGCAUUUGGAAGGGAACAAGUUGUCCGGUUCGAUACCGGAUUCUUUAAGCUCUUGCCGUUCGAUCAACGAGAUUAACAUGGCAGGAAACGCACUCUCCGGCGAAAUCCCGCCAUCGUUAGGCUCUCUGCCCACUCUCAAUUUCUUGAACCUAUCAAGGAACGAACUCUCCGGCCCAAUUCCAGCAGCUCUGUCAUCUCUAAGGCUCAAUCUCCUCGAUCUCUCACACAACAAAUUAUCCGGCCCCAUUCCGGCGUCGCUCCUCACCGAAGCCAACAACGGCAGCUUCGGAGGCAAUCCGGCCCUCUGCAGCGAGACGCUCAGCGGAUUCCAUCGGUGCUCGCCACAAACCGGGAUGUCGGGGCAGCUCCGGCUGGUCCUGCUCUGCCUCAUGGUGGCCUCCGUGGGGUUGCUCGCGUCGCUGGCUGGCUUCUGCUACUUAAAGAAGAAGGCCGGCGGCGCCGGGGAACGGUCGUUGAGGGAUCAUUCAUGGGAUUUAAGGUCGUUCCAUGUCCUCACUUUCAAAGAGGAUGAGAUCAUCGACGCAAUCAAGCAAGACAAUUUGAUAGGGAAAGGAGGUUCGGGGCAAGUGUAUCGAGUGAUGGCCGGAAAUGGCAAAGAAUUGGCCGUCAAACACAUUUGGCACUCGGACGAGUACGGCGGUAAAAAGCUGGGCAGCGGCACUCCGAUCCUGGCACGGCCUCGCAGCUCCAAGUGCCGGGAAUUCGAGGCGGAGGUGGAGACGCUGAGCUCGAUCAGGCACGUGAACGUGGUGAAGCUGUAUUGCAGCAUAAGCAGUGAGGACUCGAGCUUGCUGGUUUACGAGUAUAUGCCUAAUGGGAGCUUAUGGGACAGGCUGCAUAAUUGCAAGAAGCUGCUUCUUGAUUGGGAGACGCGCUACGAGAUCGCGCUGGGCGCCGCCAAGGGCUUGGAGUAUCUCCACCACGGCUGCGAUAAGCCCAUCAUCCACCGCGACGUCAAGUCUAGCAACAUUCUCCUCGACGAGCAUCUCAAGCCCCGCAUCGCCGAUUUCGGCCUCGCCAGGAUUCUGCAGCCGGAUUCCCCCAGGGAGUCGACUCAGAUGCUUGCAGGAACCCAUGGUUACAUGGCCCCUGAAUACGCGUACACCAACAAGGUGAACGAGAAGAGCGACGUGUACAGCUUUGGAGUGGUGCUGAUGGAGCUGGUGACGGGGAAGAGGCCGAUAGAGCCGGAAUUCGGGGAGAACAAGGACAUUGUGGAUUGGGUGUGUGGGAAGCUCAAGACUAAGGAGAGUGUGCUAAGUCUGGUGGAUUCUGGCAUUCCUCAAAUGUACAAAGAAAAUGUGAUCAAAGUUUUGAAAGUGGCGAUUGUGUGCACGGCUAGGCUGCCCACGUUGAGGCCUACGAUGAGGAGUGUGGUGCAAAUGCUGGAGGAAGCUCACCCAUCUCAAUUACUUAGUAUUGUCGUCACUAAAGAUUUUGAGGGAAAGAAAUAAGAGUUGAAGCUGCCAAAUAUUCUAAUCACUUACCUAUUUUCAUCUGUCUACUCCUCGUAUCCAAUUUUGUCGUCAAUUAGUUGUAACAUUGUAAGAAAUUAGAAAGUUAGCUUUGUAAGAUUAUGUCGCCAAAUUAAUAGUCAACUGGUUCAUGUAUAGAAUGCCAAAAUGCAACUGCCACUGCAAGUCUUUAGUGAUGAACGUACUCGUGAAUGCGGUAUCGCUUCAUAAGGUAGAAACUCAACUUGUUCUACGAAAAUAUUUUAGACCAAUGCUCUAUGUUACAUAUUAUCAGGCAAAAAAUAAAAUACCCAUUUUCCUUGAUCA